AUGCCACGCAAAAAUCUAGCCGUUAAACCCAAGUCUGAACACCAAUCGAAUUCGCCAGCUGAGCCAGAACCCGAAGCGCAACUCCGCGAAAGUCAAAUAAGCACACAAUCACAAUCUGAUUCCUACGAAGAAGAUUUGGGACCUGAAGCCCAGCUCCGAGAAAGCCAAAUAAGCACCCAGUCGUAUUCUGAUUCCGAUGCAGUGGGACCAGAACCUAGAGUGAAGUCUCCAGUCGCCUUAAUCGAAGAGUCCCAUGAUUUGCUAGAGAACCAAGAACCAACUUUGUCUACUUAUGUUUCACCCCAGGAGUUAGCACAUCAGACCAAAAUCGAUGAGAUAGAAGCUGAAUGGGAACGCGCGCCGGCCUCAAGUGAUCAAGCUGCCCAGAAUUAUGGGCCGAGACAAGAGUCAUCGCUUGCUACUGAAAUCCAAACAUCGAGAUCAGGCGCCCAGAUGGAAUUGGACGUCGAAGAUGAACCUCUACAUGUGUCAAGUAAUGAGGUGUCUCAAAACCUCUUUCAGUAUCCCCCUAUGCAUCUAUCCCAGAACCAAGCUGUUCGAAGUGAGAAGUCAGAUUCCGAUGCUCUCGACGAAGGGGGAGAGCUUCAAGAAAUCGCCAGGAAAGAGCUAUUGCGAGAUUUAAGUCAGAGGUAUUAUCGCAUCGUUAAUCCAAGCAUGAAGCCCCCUGGUCAAUUCGACCCCGAACCUGCGUCGCAAAAUCUCCACUCCAACACAAAGAGUCGACCCAAAAGCGCUGCACUCCUGUCUCCAGCGCCAAAAUACCAGAAGGUGGAAACUACCGAGAUGGUUCGUUCAGAAACUACGAGAAUAACGAGAGGCUUCCAGCAAGAAAAGACACGCAUCGAGACGGUAUUGAAGAGGGAUCCUGACAUACACACUUUGCGCGAAAAGGAAGAAAAGUUAGAGGAUCAUGAGACGAUGCUGAGUAAUCUCAUUGAUGAUUUGACGAUAGAGCUGAAGAAGACAAGGGGUGAGUUAAAGAAGAUUAGUAGAAGCUACAGAAAAGCCUUGGUAGAUUCUGAAAAGGCGUCGGACUGA